GCUGGAAGCGGCCGCAACGCAACGCCAUGUUGGCGAAGUCUCUCAUCUGUGCGAGAAGGAAAACGAUGGAGAACAGACCCGAGGAGAAGAGAAGGUAGAUCUCCCCCCCCAGCCCCGAGCCGAGAGAGACACGAACCGAGCCGGAUCCGCGGAGGUUCCGGACGGACGACGGGAGGCGAACCCUCCCCGCGUCCCCAUGAGCAGCACCGCUGACCCGAGCAGCGAGUGCCCAUGAGCAAGCCGACCUGUGAGCGCCGCUACCCGAGCUUCGCUGCCCCGCUCCGGUGAAGGGAUCCGCGGCCUCUUCCACGCAGCUUGCCCCAUGCCUGCAGGCUAGCCGCCGCCGCCGCUCCUCCUCACCGUAUUUAUUCAGCUAUUGUUUUUAUUUGUUUCAUCUUUUUUUUUUUGCAAUGAGUUUGCCACCGAAAGUGGUCCCGAAACAAGCCGCUGUCGCAGGGAGCGGACCCGGAGGAGGUGGCCCCUCUCCGGCGAGCCAGCUGCGGACCACCCUGACCUCCGUGGCCCUGCCGCCGGGAGCCCCGGGAGGAGCCCCGCAGCCCGGCGCCCUGCCGCCGCCUCAGUACCCCUUCACCCGGCCGUGGCUGGUGCUUUCAAACAUUUCCCCCCAUGUACCCAGGCAUGCUGGUCCCCAAUACACUGCUCACGACAUCACAAAGGGACACCCUAAUUUGGCGGGCACCCCGCCUGGUCAUGCCCACUCCCCGGCGCUCUCUCAGGUAUCAAUACCCACAGCUUCCCCGUAUCGCUACCCUAAGGGCUGGGAGACAGGCGGAGGGUCUCCAUACAACCCUGGACAAAAUGCUGGCUCCCCCUCUCUAGUGUACUCUCCCCAGACACAGCAAAUAAAUGCACAGCCACAGAGUCGCCCGUUUGCUACGGGCCCUCGACCGACCCAUCAUCAGGUAAUUUACCCCACUUUUUUCCAGAGGACUCAGAUGCAGACUGCUAGGCCGACCAUCCCGACAAACACGCCCUCCAUACGGCCUGGCUCACAGACUCCUACAGCCGUCUACCCCACUAAUCAGCCAAUCAUGAUGACCAUGGCACCCAUGCCUUUCCCUUCCCCGCAGGCUGCACAGUACUACAUCCCACAGUAUCGCCACAGUCAACCCUAUGUGGGACCUCCUCAUCAGCAGUAUGCUGUUCAGCCCCCAGGGUCUGGCACCUUCUAUACUGGUCCUGGGCCAGGGGAGUACCCUGCCCCAUAUCAUCCCCUCAGGUACCACCCACCUGUCUCGCCCUCUGUCCCUGCUCCCGUUCCCACAGCUGGCCCACCUUACUACCCAGGACAGCCUGUGUACCCCCCAUCACCCCCCAUCAUAGUGCCUACACCACAGCAACCUCCACCAGCCAAGCGUGAGAAGAAAACAUGAGGUUUGUUUUUUGUGUCAUUGUCCUCCCAGAUCCGUAUCCGGGACCCCAAUCAGGGUGGCAGGGACAUCACAGAGGAGAUCAUGGCAGGGGGUACAGGGAGCAGGAAUUCAACGCCUCCUGUAGGUCACCCCUCCUCUACCCCCACCCCACCACAGCAGCUGAGCAGCAGCCAGACUCCAGAGCCACAGCCUCAGACGCAGACGCAGCCUCAGCCUCCUCAACCACACCAGGCCCACCCUGCACAGCUCCAACAGCCACAGCCGCAGCCACAGCAACAGCCACAGCCGCAGCCACAGCAACAGCAACAGCCACAGCAGCAGCAGCCGUUGACAAAAGGAUCCUCCGACACCAAACCAGGGCCAGAUGAUGCGCCAAAACUGCAGCCAGUUGUCCAGAAGUCUUCCUCACCUGGGCUUGUGCAGCCUGAAGCCCCCGUGGAGAGACCGGAGGCCAACACACCUGAAGCUGAGCCCACUCCUCCUGCAAGUGAACCGGAGCUUCCCCUCCCCGGCUCGCUCAGCACUCCCGUCAAUCUCCCACUUACAGCGGCCAACUCGAGUGAACGUCCCUCAGCCAGGGAGUCAGCCUCUUCUCACUUGCCCUCAGUCGAGGAGCAGAAACCCUCUUUGGCGCCACCUCAGCCUCCCAACACAGACAAGCCUCUCUUAGACACCCCAAGAACUCUGGCUGCCUUGUCUGUAGCAGCCCCCAAGGCUUUGAACGGCCUUGCCGAGUCCGGGACUGAGCUGGAGACAGCGGCCCAUGAGCCUUCUCUCAUGCCCCCUGCUGCACUCCCGCCCCAGGCCUCUAGUCCUGCUUCCAAAGAAGCCUCCUCUGAAACAUUGCCUUCUGACAUGAGGCCACAGGUUCCCAUUGCUGCUGCGCUGGCCCCUAUGGCUCCUGUGGCUGUGGUGCCAGUGACCCUGAGCUCCAGCCCGGCCCCAGCUUUGCCCGUCAUGCUUCCCCCUGGCCUUCCGCCUCUAGUGCAGGCCACAACAGAGGCUGACGAGCCGAGCAAAUCCAUAGACACUAAAGACCUUGUACCCAGAGCAGAGACGGAGGCACAAGUUGGCAUUACUGACAGCAAGACAGAGUCCCAGCAUCAAGCACUCAUCAGGAAUAGCCCCACAACAGUAAAUCAGACGGCUUCUGCGAUACCAAAGACCUGGAGGAAACCAAAUGAAGGGAUCUCUGCUGGAGACGCACCUCAAAAGGAGGAUGAGGACAAGCCAAUGUCAGUGGAUCAACCUGCUGGAGACCAGGCCCUGCAGGCAGCUCCAUUGAGCAACAGCCCUGUGCCCCUAGCAACGGUCUUCACAUCCACCCCUGCUCCCGCCAGCAGCCCAGAGGCUGACGGGAAGCUCGCCGCCCCGGAGGAGAACGGUGAGGCUGAGAUGGAGCCCAUGAGGAACGGAGCGGGCCACACCUCAGAGACGGAGAGCAGCGACAGCGGCGCCACCCCUGGGGACAAGGAGAAUUCCACAGGAGCUCCACAGGAUAUAGAAGACCUGGCCGAUCCCAGUGGGAAGCGUCAGUACAACAGGGACUUCCUGUUGGGCUUCCAGUUCAAGCCUGCCUGCGUACAGAAGCCUGAGGGACUCCCACCAAUCAGUGACGUGGUGCUAGACAAGAUGAACCAAAACAAGGCGCCAUCUCGAGUUCCGGAGUCUCGGGUGAUUUCCAGAGGACCUGAUUUCACACCUGCCUUUGCAGAUUUUGGCAGACAGAUGAUGGGAGGACGAGGCGCUCCACUUAUAAACCUUGGGGCGCGGCGACCACCACCCAGGAAGAUCAUCAUGAUGACCAUGUCUGUGCACGAAGAUGUUCAGCUAAAGAAAUCCGAGAAUGCCUGGAAACCAGGCAUGAAGAGGGAAAGCCUCCAAGCGGAACCAGAGUCCAACUUAACACAGGACCUGUUCAAGAAGGUCCGCAGUAUCCUGAACAAGCUGACGCCUCAGAAGUUCAACCAGCUGAUGAAGCAGGUGACGGACUUGACCAUCGACACGGAGGAGCGGCUCAAAGGAGUCAUUGACCUGGUGUUUGAAAAGGCCAUCGACGAGCCCAGCUUCUCGGUGGCCUACGGGAACAUGUGCCGCUGCCUGGCCACGCUCAAAGUUCCCACCACGGACAAACCCAACAACACAGUGAACUUUCGCAAGCUGCUGCUAAACCGCUGUCAGAAGGAGUUUGAGAAAGACAAGGUGGACGAUGUGGUGUUUGAGAGGAAGCAGAAGGAGCUGGACUCUGCUGCAUCGACGGAGCGUGACCGACUUCAGGUAGAGCUGCAGGAGGCCAAGGACAUUGCCCGGCGGCGUUCCAUCGGCAACAUCAAGUUCAUCGGCGAACUCUUCAAGCUCAAGAUGUUAACGGAGGCCAUCAUGCAUGACUGCGUGGUCAAGCUGCUGAAGAACCACGACCAGGAGUCUCUAGAGUGUCUGUGCAGGCUGCUCACCACCAUCGGCAAGGACCUUGACUUUGAGAAGGCCAAGCCUCGGAUGGAUCAGUAUUUUAACCAGAUGGAAAAAAUCGUCAAAGAGAGGAAGACGUCGUCUCGGAUACGGUUCAUGUUACAGGAUAUUAUAGACCUGAGAUUGCACAACUGGGUGUCCAGAAGAGCCGACCAGGGUCCGAAAACCAUCGAGCAGAUCCACAAGGAGGCAAAGAUUGAAGAGCAGGAGGAGCAGAGAAAAGUGCAGCAGGCACUGCUCAACAAGGACACCAAGAGACGGCCAGAUCCGAGGGAGCAGAGAGAGCAGAGAGAUCAGCGCGUACAGAGAGAGGAGACCUGGAACACUGUGCCCAUGACGAAGAACAGCAGGACCAUCGACCCCAACAAGAUCCCAAAGAUCUCCAAGCCUCAAAUGGACGAGAAGAUCCAGCUGGGCCCCCGGGCUCAAGUCACAUGGGUGAAGGGCAGCAGUGGAGGAGCCAAGGCCAGUGACUCAGAACUAUCACGCACAGCGGGCGUCAACCGCUUCUCAGCGCUGCAGUCCACCCCCCCACCUCAACCCUCCACCACUCCUCCACAGAACCCAGACUUCGACGCCAGGAGAACUCUGGGAAGUCGUAGCAGUACAGGCAGAGAGCGCAGCGACAAGCCGCUGAUCUCUGCGCCGCCAUCGUCUCGGCCGGGCUCGUUCACCAGGGGAAGCAGUUCAAAGGAGCUGCUGGAGAGUCCAACCCAGGAGGAGCCGCGAAGAGACAGGGAGCGAGAGGGAGCCGAGCCCCGGAGACCGAGUGUCACCGAGGACAAACCUGAGCCCGAGCGCAGCAGAGUCCCAGAGCCGGUGAAACCUGAGCCUGUUGUCCAGACGAUAGAGAAACCUGCUCGGUCUGAGGAGGAGAUCGAGAGGAAGUCCAAGUCCAUCAUCGACGAGUUCCUGCACAUUAAAGAUUUCAAGGAGGCCGUCCAGUGUGUGGUGGAACUUGAUCUGGGCUCCCAGUUGCACAUCUUCAUACGCGUGGGGGUGGAGUCGACUCUGGAGCGCAGUCAGAUCACACGGGACCACUUGGGCCAGCUCCUCUUCCAGCUGGCGCAGAAGGGAAUCCUGCCCAAACCCCAGUUCUACAAAGGGUUUGCAGAUAUGCUGGAGCAAGCGGACGACAUGGCCAUCGACGUUCCCCACAUCUGGCUGUACCUGGCCGAGCUGCUCAGCCCUGUGCUGAAGGAGGGGGGGGGCUUCUCUAUGAGAGAGCUCUUUAGUGAAUUAAGCAAACCCUUGCUUCCUGUGGGAAGAGCUGGGAUCUUAAUCUCUGAAAUACUGCUCAUACUAUGCAAACAAAUGAGCCAUCGUACUGUGGCUUCUUUGUGGGGGGAAGCAGGCCUCAACUGGACUGACCUUCUGCCGGAGGAAGAGGACGUCCAGGCUUUCAUCUCACAACAGAAACUCCAGUUUCUUCAGUCGGACGCCUCCAGCUCUGACGCGACUCUGUCCGAAAGAAUCUGGUCUCCCGAGGAGCUGAGAGAACAGCUGGAGAGACUCCUGCUGGAGGACAUGGCCAGUGACGAGCAGAUCUUCGACUGGGUGGAGGAGAACCUGGAUGAAUCUCAGAUGAGCUCGUCCCCCUUCCUGAGGGCGCUGAUGACGGCUGUGUGUAAGGCAGCAGUGAAAGAUAACACCAACUGUCGAGUGGACACGGCCCUCAUUCAGAAGAGAUUGCCUGUAUUACUCAAGUACCUUAACUCAGACACUGAGCGACAGCUGCAAGCACUUUAUGCACUUCAGGCGCUGAUCGUCACCCUCGAUCAGCCUCCAAACCUCCUCCGGAUGUUCUUCGACUGUCUGUACGACGAGGACGUCAUCUCCGAGGACGCGUUCUACAAGUGGGAGACGAGCAAAGACCCGGCCGAGCAGCUGGGUAAGGGCGUGGCCCUAAAGUCCGUCACGGCCUUCUUCACCUGGCUGCGGGAGGCGGAGGAGGAGUCGGAAGAUAAUUGACGAGGGGAGACCCCCGGGGACAUGACGUAGUAGAACUACAUCCUUACAGCAGAACAAACGUUCAAAAUGGGUGCGUGAGCAGGACGACAUGUUUACGGCUGGAAUUUUUUUCUGCGGUACGGUUCUGAAACAUGCCGCCAUUUUGAGUUUGGAUUCCAACGGCGGAAGCACUAAAUACCUGUAUUAUACAUAGAAAAUAUUUUUGUUUUAAAUUUUAACUUACUUUUCUUUUGUUACUUUAUAAGAAGAGACUUAAAAGAUACAUAGGUUCCGGACUCUUUAAUUUAUUAUUUUUUUAAGGACUGCAAAUAUGAAAGUUAUUUAACAUUUGCAGAUGCUCACGACAACAGAACAGAAAUAACAAUAUAAUUAAUUAUAAUAACAAAAAUAAUAAUGAAAUGAAAUGGCCUCCCCGGACUCCACACUGUUUGGUUUAAAACAGGGUAAAGCAAAGUUAUUUGGGAUGAAGGGGAAGCAGAAAUAAAAAUCAAAUGGAUGCACAGAAACUGUCACCGUUGUCCGUGUGUGACGGCCGGGGGUCAAAGGUCAUCCUCCUGAUAACCACAGAGCCUCGGCCUAUUCUGCGUUGAUAUGUACAUACACCUCACCAGAGGUCGAGGUAUGCAUUCAUGAAGCGAUGCAGGUCAGUCCACAGAACUGUCGAAAAACAAACGCAGACGAUCAAACCAGAUACAUUCAAACGAAAAAAUGCAACUUCAAAAAACAAAUGGCCAGGUUCGCUGAGCAAGAAACAAGACAUGCUUGUAAUACUCCAGACCUACAGAGCAGGUUCAACGCUUGUAUAAACAUUAAAGACAAAAAAAGGUAUUUAAAAA